UCAAAAUUGACAAGAAAAAUUCAGUCAGUUGUUUAUUUGUUGCUAGUGGGUUGUAUCCAAAAUUUUCCAAAAACGAAAUACAUUAACGGACGAUUUUUUGAAACUUUCCAGGGCGCCAAAGUACUUGGCGAGAGAUUUUUUACUUCGACUUCCAGACCGUAGGCAGUGGAAUUUACCAUUUCAGUGUCAUAGAGCCACGUUUUUCGCUUAUCGCACCUCCAUUCCCGCCAAAGAUUGACCCAUAGACAACUGAAAUGGCUUUCGCUGGGUUAAAGAAGCAAAUAAACAAAGCUAAUCAGUAUGUAACAGAGAAAAUGGGUGGUGCCGAGGGCACCAAAUUGGACUUGGACUUUAUGGACAUGGAAAGGAAAACCGAUGUGACAGUGGAAUUAGUAGAAGAACUCCAGGUGAAAACGAAAGAAUUCCUACAGCCAAAUCCUACAGCGAGAGCCAAGAUGGCUGCCGUGAAAGGUAUAAGUAAAUUAAGCGGACAAGCGAAAUCGAACACCUACCCACAGCCCGAGGGAGUGUUAGGGGAUUGUAUGUUAUUGUAUGGGAAAAAAUUAGGGGAUGACAGUAUGUUUGGUACCGCAUUGGUGGAGAUGGGCGAGUCGCUUAAGCAGAUGGCCGACGUGAAAUAUUCGUUGGAUGAUAAUAUAAAGCAAAACUUUUUGGAACCGUUACAUCACUUGCAGACUAAGGACCUAAAAGAAGUUAUACACCAUCGGAAGAAAUUACAGGGUCGGCGAUUAGAUUUCGACUGUAAGCGAAGAAGGCAGGCCAAAGCGCAAAAGGGAUCGUUCAGCCCUUAUGCGAGCCCUGCUAAGGGCCAGGGCGGCCCUCAUGGCUCAAAUAUUGCAGAUGAAGAAAUUAAAAUGUCCGAAGAGAAGUUCGCGGAGUCGCUGCAUCUCGCACAGAUGGGGAUGUUUAAUCUAUUAGAGAAUGACGUAGAGCAAAUUUCCCAAUUGGCAACUUUUGCCGAAGGGUUACUCGAUUAUCACAGCCAAUGUACGGAUGUACUUAAGACACUUGUUGAAACUCUAAACGAAAAGAGAGAUGAAGCUGCAAGUCGUCCAAAAGUAGAAUUUGUCCCGAAAACCUUGUCGGACUUAAACAUAGAGGGCGUCACUAAUGCGCAUGAUGGAUAUAACGGUACAAAUUCCAAUCAAUUUAGCCUAAUGAACAACCACAUUUCUGGUAAUUCCAAUAGUAAUCAAAGCCUUAAGAGCCAACCCACCAAUGGGGGCUUAGGGUACCAUCGACCCGCACCUAAUAGGGUGCCUAUCAAAAAACCCAUACAGCCACUAGAUCCUUUUGAUCCCUGGGAUUUUCCCCAAGAUGCGACCUCGGAUCUCCUUAUUUUUCCCUUAGACUCCGAUCGCUCUUCGCAAGUGUCUUCUCCACAACAUAAGCCACAGCAACUCGAACUGCACCCGGGACAGCACUCUGCCAAUGCCUCUCCUUUGCCGUCCCCGAUGAAAUCUCCUGCCAGAACUCCCAUGAAUAGGCAGCCCUGUUGUAUUGCGUUAUACGAUUUCGAAGCUGAAAAUCCUGGCGAAUUGAGCUUUAAGGAAAACGACGUGAUUACUCUUUUAAACAAAAUCGACGAGAAUUGGUUCGAGGGUACUGUUGGAGGCCGUACAGGAUACUUCCCUGUCAAUUAUGUGAAAGUCGACGUACCCCUUCCAUAAAUGACUACCAACCCUGAUCCUUCACGUUGAACAACAACCCCUUAGUCUUAAUUUUUGUAUAUUAUGGUUUUCUUUAAUUGAUGAUUUCUUUAAAUUGCGAAGUUUACACUUGCCUUUUUUUUGUAUAGUUCAUUUUUGUUAUAUAUUGUUAAUUAUUAUGUUUCUAGUUGAAACGACUGCACAGUAACGUACCCUCGGUGUUGAUAUGGCAUAUAGCUUACCUAUUUUAUCUCUUGUUAUUAUGUGCUCUCUUUCUUUGUAGUAGUGAUAUCAUUAUCUAGUCCGCGUGUAUGUAGUAAUGGACAGAAGUACAAAUUGUUAUGUGCCAAUUUUAGUAAAUUAUGUGAAAAUAAAUUCAACAACUUUAUAGUUUAUUUGACUUUGUAUCGCACAAAUACUUUUACAGUCAUUAACAGGUCUUCUUUUAAAUUUAAUAUUUACAUAAAAUUACUGUUCAUUACUAUUUACUUAAAUCAAUUUUACUGAAAUUCCCAUAAGUGUUUGGCAAGAGCAAAGUAUAAUAUUAUAUAAUUGAUAAACUGCUAGACACAUUCUUUGCUGUGUUAGUACAAUACAAUGAUUCAAUGUUUAUAUAAAUGUAAAGUAGUACUUAAAGCAAAUUCCAUAAGUAUCUUUGGUACGUUCUCUUGCCUAGGUUAAAUUAUAUUAUAUUCUUUGGAAGGCACUAAAAUAAAUUAUAAUAGUUAUGGGUACGUUUCUGCAACUGCACUAGGAUAAUGAAUGAAGCCAUAUUAAUUUUUAAUUGUUGUACAGGCUUAUAUAACUGUUUUAUAUAAAUUUCUAUAAGAAAUUUUUAAAAACCUCAAUUUUCUUUAACAUAAUACUGUUCCAGAACGUAAAAAGUCAUAAAAUGCUUAAAUUACAAUUUUUCUGACAUUUGACUUAGUAAUAUAAGCCCGUUCCAAAGAUAAACAAAAAACUGCUAGUGAUAUUGCAUUUAAUUUUAAAUUUGUUAAGUCUAUUUAACCAAUUGUACUGAACCUUAUACGAUUCAAUUUAAAAGGUAUAUUUAUCUUCCUAACAAGCUUUAGUUACAAUUUGUAUAUAAAGGAGAAUAUAGUGUAAAAAGAUUUUUUAAUAUUAAUUUUAACGAUGUAUAAAAAAUGAGGUGCAGUUGAACGCUAGCUUGGGUUAAUUUCUUGGUUUGUUUGGAAACCUCGAUUUCUUUACAAUCUGGGAAACAACAAAUGAUAAUUAAGAUUUACUAUUAUUGAAUUUUAAGUUGUAUAUAUUGUUUUAGUAAUUUUUAGGUUAGUUCUACUAUUGAUGCAUAUAGUUAGUUUAUAUUGUUGUUUAUACUGUGAACGUGAGGAAAAUUAUAUAAAUAAAUGAAGGAUAAAAGAGAAUUUUAUAAAAAAAAACAUACGUAUAUUUAAUAAUCUCAAUUAUGAUGGAUAAAUAAAUGUGUAUCUUGAUGAUGUAAUACUAUAGUUGUGUAACAGGCUGAAACUAUAUUUGAUAUUGAUCAAAGAGAUAGUAUAUUCUAUUUAGCCUCCUACAUAACCCACAGACAUGUUAUUGCAUGGGUACUCAAUGUUAUAAAAGAAUAUAUAAAACCUCAAAAAAAUAUCUGUUGAUGUUAUUUGAUGUAGAUUUCCUGCUAAAGUUUAUUAUUGUAUAUUAUACUUAUAUUUAACAAAAAAAGUUCUGUAUACAAAGGAAUAAGUUUAUAAAAGCAAUAAACGUAUCAAUUUCUUUCUAUUUAUUUUUCACAAAAGUAUGGUGCGACCUAUUAAAAAAUGUAACAUUAUUUAAAGCCCAAUUCCUAAUAUAUUUUUUUAUGAGAGAAGUAGACAAAUCCUUUGCAUAUUGAACUUGUUUCUAAAGUUUUAAUGGUUGUCAGACUUGAGCUUCUUUUGAUAUUGUAAGCGUGUUAAACUUAACAAAGAUGUUUCAUAAUUUCGCUGUUCCGUUAAUGUGAUUUUUAAUAUAACUUUUGGCGAGUAAAUAGUAUUAUUUUCAAACAUGAUUUUUGACGCAUUUCAUUACAAAAAUUUCAUAUUUGAUAAGUAUUUCAUUCUAGAUUGAGAUUGGAUGCUACAAGAAAUUUCGUCAAAAAUUAUGCUUCAGAAUAAUUAUAUUAACAAACUUUUGGCCAUGUCUUUGCCAAAGAAAUUUCCCGUGUCAGUUUAAAUCGCUAGAAUUUUAUAUAUUAUUAUAUAAAUGAAAUUGCCAGAUAAAUAGUAUCUAUAAGGUCUUUGAUUUAAUAACUUUCUCGGUAGGUUGAGAAAAACGAAUUCAUAAAAACGUACCGACAAGAAGGAAAUUUUUUAAAAUAUUUUAUAUAUAUUUUUUUUUAGUUAACAGGGACCUUGUAGAUUUCUAGACUUUCAAAAUUUGCAAAUAUAUUUAUCUGGUUUAAAGACAAUACAUUAGAUGUAAAAAUGUAUGAUAAGAAUUGAAUUUAAAGUAUUAUUAUAUAAGUUAUAUUAAUGGGGAAUUUGACUUAAGGAUUUUUAACUUCAUUGAGGUUUGGAAAUUCUUCAGUCGGGUCCUUACUAUGUCUUGUAAAAGCAGACUCUGAUACUCAUGUGUUAUCUUAACCUUACUUCUAUCAUAUACAUGUAUAACAUAAAGAUAUAUUAGAUUCAUAACUAUAAAUAUUAAAUUUUAAAUACUGUUUUGGGACUUAGCAAUAAAUGUAACCUUUUUACGUAUGUUGAACAGACAAGUACGCUAAACAUCUCUACAAAAUCCUAACUUUAUCUUGUCAUUAUAAUUCUGAGCUGUGCUGUUAAUUCACUAGUUUAUAUUCAUUUAAUUAAACAUAUGUAACAAUAUUUUAACAGAUUGUUUUGUCAAAAUAUUUUAUUUUUUUCAUGCAGGUUACCGAGUAAAUAUUGUUAACACACAUGUAUACAUUAAAUAAAUGUUACCGUAUUUGUGCAUUAAUAAAAGAAUGUGUCACAGUUGAAAUAAA